GCAAGGCAAGCAUGAUGCCAAACGACACCCGGAACUGCAAAACAUAAUGAAAUCAUGCCAUUUGGCGAUCGGCGUAAACGAUGCAGUUAAAUCAUUCCUCAACCCAAUCCAGGAACGGAUGGAAUAUUACCGUCUAGAGCAGAAUUACGCCAGAUGCUUGGUUAUGCAAGAUGCAAGCACACCGUGGUCGCAAGAUACCGCCCUGGACAGUGCGGGCACACAGAAUGCCAUCUUGCAAACACUGAAAGACUCCUCACUGUACGGUUUGGCUAGAUCGUUACAUGUCGCACCGCAACAGAUUGAUUACGAGUGUGCCUGGCGGCUGUCCGACUGGAAUGUACUAUUCGACGCGGACGGCGGUGUUGGUCCCAAUGUCCCGAAGAGAGCACCGGCUGCCGGUUCGAGCGCGCUGCUCCUACAGUCGCGAUCCUUCGAGCGAGCGCAUUACAAAGCGCUCAAGUGUUUGCAGCUGCGCGAUGAACUCGCGGUGGAAAGUGCGAUCGUGGCAGCGCAGCGUGCCGUUAGCGAACUUUUCAAGCUUACCAGCAUCGAAUCCACCAAACACAUCUACCACGGGCUGUGCCGGUUGCGGAUGCUGCAGCAGAUCGAAGACUUCGGUGAGGUACACUUCUCCAGACAGAUCGACUGCGAGCAGGACCUGCUGAACCGGUGGAGGGAACAGGACGAGCUGCCGCACAGCGAGUUCACGCUGCUGGAAACGAUCCUUUCCCAGCGGCUGUCCAUCUUCAGCACGGCCGGGAUUCGUGCGAAACUGCGAGGCUUCGUGGACUGUGCGGUACGGAAUGUGGUGCUGAUCGGGAAGCAGGAGCUGCCGGCCAACGUGCAGUCGGUGGUGAUGCUGGAAAAUGCACAGCUCAAUUGGAGUGCCGGCCAGCCGGUGCUGGCGAAGGAGUUGGCGUGGGAAGUAAUGAACAGCGCCAAGUACACUGAUCCGAUGGUGAAGGGAGUGGCGUGUCGCCUUUACGGUGAGUUCCUUGCCGAAGGACACUCGCAGGAGAUCAAGUCGCUAUGCUCGGACUACUUUCAACAAGCGGAAAAAUAUGUCCAGUUUGUGCUGUCGCGACAGGCGGCGGCGACGGCUGCGGGUGGCGAACAGAAAACCUCGCCCGGGAACGUUCCCGCUAACCAUCGUUGCUUCGACGUGGAUCGUAACUUCACCGUGCAGCACACCGUCGCGAAGUACGCGGAUCGUGAAUUUGUGCGGCUCACCAAAUUCAUCCGCUCUCAGGAGUGGGAGGCACGGAAAACGAAUCUCGCCCGCAUGGAGGUCGAGCUGGUCCGCCUGAGGGAGGAAACGCAACGUGCCACCGAUCAGCGGCGCAAAGAUCUUGGCCGUUCGCUUCACUUUAUGCAGAAAACUUGCAGCGCGACAAGAAAGCGGCGCGAAGAGGUGGAACAGAAUCGCUGGGACUACUUGAAUCUGGCACUGUGCUAUUAUCUGAUGUACGCGAAACAGAGCACGAUCGUGAGCGACAUGGUGAUAUUUAGGAUCAUGUCGCUGUGGUUGAACAAUCAGGAAAAUACGAGCGCAAAGGAGUUGAUCGAAGAGUCGCUGCUUACCAUUCCUUCGUACAAGUUUAUUGCCGUUUUACCGCAGCUUACACCGCGCGUCGGGCUGGACAGUGGGGACGGUGCGCUGGUGCAGAAAGCUUUGAUAAGAUGCGCCCUGGACCAUCCCCAUCACACGCUUCCGUUUGUGUUUGCGCAGCUGCAUGCGUAUAAAGAUCAACCGGAUCACGAAACUCCCACCAACGAUAACCGUUUAAUGGGUGCGGGGAGGUGUACAAAAAAGCUGCGCAAAGAACCAACGCUCGAGCAAAUGUUGCACCAAACAGAGAGAAUGAAUCUCGCCUGA